CGAAGGCUCGCCUUCUUUCUCGCCGCUUUCCGUCGCUCCCGCUUCGGUCCGGACGGCAGGGAUCCCCUCCGAAGAUCCCUUCGGUUAGGGAAAGGGGCUGCAAAAGGAGAAAAGAGGCAAGGAAAGAGCUCCUGGUUAGCUGGAAACCAACCAGCCUUGCUUCUUUGGUGACCGUGUCCUCCAGCUGGUGUUACCAAGCAAUAAUCCGUGUCAAGACCUUGAGCCUUUAGGCUUCUCACCUCUCCAAAUUCCAACUGUGUUGGUCCUGAAGAUGAGGACCAAGCAAGGAGACCCUUUGCCUGCGAGCCCAGGGUUGAGGGACAGGCUGAAGAAGGAAGAGAACAUGUGUGAACUGGAUGUGGUAGGCCCCCAAAUGGCUCCCCGGGUCUCUCUCGCAUCCCAGGCUGGGAAGAGCAGGGAAAGCGAGGGAGUGGCCAUCUUGAAUGAGGAGAAUGCCACCCACUUGGACUUAUCCCAGGAUCAGGUGCAAAUCCAGGGAUGGCAAAGGCAGAAGCUGCUAGAAGGUCUCUUCCUGGGGGAAGCAGAAGAAGAUCAGGGACCGGUGACUUUUGAGGAAGUGGCCGUGCGUUUCAGCAAAGGCGAAUGGGGGAUGCUGGAUCCGGAACAGAGGGCUCUCUAUCGGGACGUCAUGGUGGAAAACUACGGGACCGUGGUCUCUUUGGGUGACACCUGGGAGAAUGAUGCCAAGAAUAGACCAGUUAGGAUGGUGCCCAGUGAAGGUCCCGGGAAAGAAGCGGAAGACAAUCUGUGGAAUCAGAAGGAGGGAAAGGAAGAAGAAGAAGAAGAGAACCAACCGACCGAGAUGUGGCCAAAGGAAUCAGCAGAAGAGGACGAGACAGCUGCUGGAGCGGACACUGAGGCGGCUGGAGACCCCGUGUCCAAGGAGCCCCCUCAGGAAUCGCCAGGAAGGAUCUCUUUUGUGAUGGGGUCGGCUGAAAGUGACCCUUGUGAAAGCGGAAGUGAAUGGGAGCCAUACGGGGUGCUGUCAGACGAUACAGAAGACAACGAAGAUGCGGUAAGCCACUUCGGGAAUCUCAAAGAGCCAGGAAAGAAGGAAGAAGGCCAACCCCAAGAGUGUCUGAAUAAAGACAGUUCCCAGGGAAGCGACUACGGUGCCAUGCUGGCGCAACACAAGAACUACAAGGGCAAGAGAAAGAACCAGUGCAAAGUGUGUGGGAAAAGCUUCACCCGGAAAGCGAGCCUGAAAGUUCACCAGCGCAUCCACACGGGCGAGAAGCCCUACAAGUGCACCGUCUGCACCAAGGGCUUCUGUGACAAAACCAGCUUCCUCCGCCACCAGAGGAUCCACACCGGGGAGAAGCCGUACAAGUGUCCCGAGUGCGGGAAGAGUUUCAAUCGGACCACCAACCUGAUCACCCACCAGAAAACCCAUGUGGAAAGCCGGGAGAAGACCUUCCACUGCUCCAGCUGCAGCAAAAGCUUCUACAACAAGUACAGCCUGAAGACCCACUGGCGAAGCCACACCGGGGAGAAGCCCUACAAGUGCUCCAGUUGCAGCAAGAGCUUCUGCGACAAGUCCAACCUGGAGGCCCAUUGGCGUGUGCACACCGGGGAGCGGCCGUUCGAGUGUUCGGAGUGCAGGAAGACCUUCAGCGACCGCCGGACCCUCCUCCGCCACCAGCGGAUCCACACGGGGGAGAAACCCUACCGCUGCACUGAGUGUGGGAAGAGCUUCAAUGACCUGGCCACGCUCCUCCGGCACCAGAAAAUUCACACGGGAGAGAAGCCGUACCGUUGCACCGAGUGCGGGAAAAGCUUCAACCAGAGCUCGCACCUCAUCCGACAUCAGAACACGCAUGACGCCAAGCGCCACAAAACCUUGGAAGCCAAACGUGGCGUGAAGGCGUCCGUUGGGACCAAUAUCUUCUUGGAUAUCGGAAGCUUUGCCCAGGGGAAUUAUUACCAGUACGCACACCCCGCUGAGCCGUUUCACUGGCCCCUUUCGACCUACUCGCCUUCCGCCGAGCCGGGAGAAGCAGGCAUGCCGAACCUGUGGACUAUCCAGGAGACCUCGGUGGGCGAUCAAGCCAUCCUGGUUAUGAAAGAAUUCACAGAGGAGAGGACCAUAGCCCUGUGAAGGCUCUGAACGGAGGAGAGAAAUGAAACCUCUAUUUUUCCCCCCCACCCAUCCAAGGCCAGGUUCAUUGAUCUGAAAUCACAAAGCAGGGAUUUUGAUUUUGAAUUUUUGGAAAGAGACUGGGUUUCUUUUGAAAAGAUAUCAGUUCCACAAGGAUGGCACGAAAGCCCCUGGAUUCCUUCG